AUUGGGGAGUGAGAAAGAGAUAGAAGGUGGGACUUAGGAAGGAGAGAGAGAGAGAGAGAGACAGAGAGAGAGAGAGAGAGAGUGAAGAAGCAGGACCAAAAGCCUGAAGCUUCCUCUCCUUUUCUCAGUCUGGGCAGAACACCUCACAGGAGGCACUAAGGCAGACAGAGAUGAUGCUGACCUUUCCACUCGCAUUCUGCGUUCUGCUCCUGCCCGUCGUCGCCGGGGUGCCACCGGGGUUCAAGGUGCGCCUGGUAGGCGGGAGGCACCUGUAUGAGGGCCGUCUGGAAGUGUUCUAUAACGGCGCGUGGGGCACGGUAUGUGAUGAUGAGGUCAACAUCAAUCUGGCCAACGUGGUGUGCCGUGAGCUCGGGUACGCACAAGGCCUCACCUGGGCACACAGUGCCAAAUUCGGAGAGGGUCGAGGUCCAAUUUGGCUGGACAAUGUCAUGUGUACGGGCACUGAAAGCUCAUUAUCUGACUGUCGCUCUAAUGGCUGGGGAGUAAGUGACUGCACUCACGGUGAGGACCUGGGGGUGGUGUGUAGCCCAAACAGUCUACAACAGGGCCACGCUCCCCGAUACAGCGACCCAGCCCAAUCUGCGGUCACUCCGGCCCGACCGCCACCCGACAUCUCGAACAGCCCUGACAGCUCCCUCUCCAGGAGAGGGCAUGAAAUAGCCCUGAACCGCAACACCCAUCGUGCCUCUUCAGCCUCCUCCCCACAACUAACCGGACAUCAGAUCCAGCUACGCAGAAACUCAGGCUCUCGCAGACAGGAGAGCGCCAUGCCAAGAGGACACCUGCUGCCCGAUCAUCUGCGCAACAGGGUGAGCUACAGGCAGAACCAGGAUGUGCAUCCCAGACCAGCUACCCAGUCGGUCCGGCAAACCUCACAGCCGUCCGUCUACGGGAGGUCAUCCCCAGCUCCUAUAAACAGUCCAGAGCCAUCCUACCCUGACCUGGAGAACGACAACAGAAUGAACACGGACUUCUCCAACACUGUAGAGCAGCCUGCAGGGAAGGUGAGUCUGGAGGAGGUUCGUCUCCGCCCCGUCUUGUCCAGCACCCGAAGCUCCGUCAUGAUAACAGAAGGGGUGGUUGAAGUGAAGCAUGCUGGGAGAUGGAGGCACGUGUGUAACCUGGGCUGGGACCUCAGCAGCAGCAGGGUGGUGUGUGGGAUGCUGGGAUACCCAGCAGCUGAACAACACAAGGAGCACUUGUACAAGAAACAGUGGGAUUCCAAACUGGAAGAUCCAGCCAUGCGUUCUCUGGUCAGUAAGAAGGGUUACUGGGUGGAGAAGGUCCAGUGUUUGGGCAGUGAGAACUCCUUGGCACAGUGCCAGGCUCAGCUGUCUAUCCCCCGCAGUGAGGUGCCGUGUAACGGGGGCAUGCACGCCGUGGUGCGCUGUGUACCUGGACCACAGUUCUCCCGACUCUCCGCCUCCGGGCAUCCCCAAGCCCCGACCUCCACACAGGUGGUGCGUCUGAAGUCUGGCCCCAGGCUCGGAGAGGGCCGAGUGGAGGUGCUGAGGGAGGGGAAGUGGGGGACCGUGUGCGAUCAUCUCUGGGAUUUAACAGCAGCCAGCGUGGUGUGCAGGGAGCUGGGCUUCGGCACAGCCAAAGAAGCCCUCAGAGGUGCACUCAUGGGCCAAGGUACCGGUCCGAUCCAUAUGAACUCAGUGCAAUGUACAGGCCAGGAGAAGUCCAUCACAAAGUGCCAGUAUCAGCAGGUUCCUCUCAGGACCUGCAAGCACACUCAGGAUGUUUCUGUACGCUGCAACGUCCCCAAAACUGGCCUAGGAGCCAAAGUGCGGCUUGCAGGUGGGCGGGAGGCUACGGAGGGCAAGGUGGAGGUCUUAAUGGAGGUGGGCGGAGUUCAGCGCUGGGGGGCCGUGUGCAGUGAGAACUGGGGAAUUAAUGAAGCCAUGGUGGUGUGCAGACAGCUGGGCUUUGGUUUUGCCUCCAGAGCCCACCAGGAGACGUGGUACUGGCCAGGGAACCCAGACUCUGCGGAGAUUAUACUAAGUGGAACUCACUGUAUUGGGACGGAAAUGUCCAUCCAGCAGUGCCGGAGCAACGGACAGGUGUACUGUCCUCGUGGGGGUGGAUCAAAGGCCGCCGGUGUCACCUGUGUGGACACGGCACCGGACCUGGUGCUGGAUGCUCAACUGGUCCAGGAGACAGCAUACCUGGAGGACCGUCCGCUGCACCUGCUCACCUGCGCCCAUGAGGAGAACUGCCUGUCAUCCUCUGCCUAUCGCAUGCACUGGCCCUAUGGCAGCCGCCGCCUGCUGCGCUUCUCCUCCAGAAUCAUGAACCUGGGCCGUGCCGACUUCCGCCCGAGAGCGUCCCGGGAAUCCUGGGUCUGGCACCAGUGCCACAGACACUACCACAGCAUUGAGGUGUUCACGCACUACGACCUCCUGACCAUGAACGGAACGAAGGUCGCAGAGGGUCACAAAGCCAGCUUCUGUCUGGAGGACACCUACUGCCCUGAGGGCCUGUCGAAGCGUUAUGCCUGUUAUAACAUGGGGGAUCAGGGCAUUUCUGUAGGCUGCUGGGAUACCUACCGCCACGACAUUGACUGCCAGUGGGUCGACGUGACCGAUGUCAAGCCAGGAGAUUACAUCUUCCAGGUUGAAGUUAACCCCUCGCUGGACAUGGCCGAGUCAGACUUCGAGAACAAUGUAAUGCGAUGCAGAUGCAAGUAUGACGGAGGGAGAGUCUAUCUGUACGGAUGUCACGUAGGUGAUGCCUACAGCGCAGAGGUGGAGGACCUGUUUGAGCACCAACGCCAGAUUUCUAACAAUUUCCUUUAGUGGAGAUCAGAAGAACUGGACAGCAAAAAAAAAAUAAAUAAAUAAAAACAGGACUUUCGCUCCUUCG